AUGAAAGCCUUUCUUUCCAUUACUCGCUCAUCCCCCCCGUUUUUCCCCUUCCCGUGUCUCUUUUCUCUCUCCCCCCGCUGCUUCCCCCUUUUACCCCUCUCCAUAUUUCUCCUGGUGGCAGGCGCAAUCCAGUCAGAGGCCAAGGUGUUCACAGUGGGAGGCAGUGGGUUGAGUCCGUGGGGAUUCGGCGUGAAGAAGUGGAAGCCCAAGGGCGUCAUUCACGCCGGGGACACUCUCGUGUUCAAGUGGACUGGCGUGCCGCACGACGUGUGGAUCAUGAACAGCUUGGACGCGUACAACAACUGCAACUUUGGUGCUGCCACUAAGAAGACCGGCAUCACAAGCGCGGGGAAGUACAAGUACAAGGUGCCAGCGUCAGCCAAGGGCACAUCCAUUCUCUUCUCAUGCAGCGUGCCUGGGCACUGCUCUUUGGAUAACAUGAAAGUGGCAGUACCAAUCCACGCUUGA